GGGUCUAAGACGUCGAGACAUCCCCCCGCGGCCUCGCCUCUUACGGCUCCUUGGCCAAUAGGGACCCCCCGUGGAUCAAGUGUCACUAUAACAGAAGGACAUAAUCAGGGUGGUAAUUCUGCAGAACCUUACAGCCAGUCUCGGCCACCAGGGAGCUCAUUUCUUCUUUACGCUUUUCUGAGGUGCAAAGUCCACUGUCAACAUGUCUGACACAGAGGAAGUCGAAGGCGAGGGAGAAGCCCACAGGCCACAGUUCAAGGCACCAAAGAUUCCUGAUGGCGAGAAAGUUGACUUUGAUGACAUUCAGAAGAAACGUCAGAACAAGGAUCUUGUUGAGCUGCAGGGCCUGAUCGAUGCGCACUUUGAGCAUAGAAAGAAGGAGGAGGAGGAGCUCAUCGCCCUCAAAGAAAGAAUUGAGAAGCGCAGGGCUGAGAGGGCCGAGCAGAACAGGAUCCGUAGCGAGAAGGAAAAGGAGCGCGCGGCGAGACGUGAGGAGGAGAGGCUGAAGAGGGAGGAGGCAGAUGCCAAGAAGAAGGCUGAUGAGGAUGCGAAGAAGAAGUCUGCCCUGUCCAGCAUGGGCUCCAACUACAGCAGCCAUCUGCAGAAGGCUGACUCAAAGAGAGGUGGGAAGAAGGAAACUGAGAGAGAGAAGAAGAAGAAGAUCCUGGCAAGCAGACGCAAGGUCCUGAACAUCGACCAUCUGAAUGAAGAAAAACUGAAGGAGAAGGCAAAGGAGCUGCACGAAUGGAUGAAGACGCUGGAGUCUGAGAAGUUUGAUAACAUGGAGAGGCUGAAGAGGCAGAAGUAUGAGGUCACAACCCUGCGUAAGAGAGUGGAAGAGCUGAGUAAAUUCUCUAAGAAGGGUAAAACCGUCCGCAGAAAGUAAACGGUCCCGUUCUGCUGCUUGGAGCCCAGACUGCCACUGUACUACCGGACACAGGCCUAAUGCAGCAAAAACACACACUUACGCUAAAGUCAUUGCUCAGGCAACUAAGUUUUACUGUUUGCUUAUUCACCCAAGACGUGCCUCAGUCUACAGCACGGAGCCAUUAGCUGCUGUUGUAGGUACUAUCCCUCUUACUUUCUCGCCCUGGACUGUUUGGUUCUCAGUAUUUUUGUAAAUAAAGUGUGACUCUUCAA